AUGUCAAUUGAAGAGAUCCCUCAAGGAGCAGACGUCGAAGUUAUCCCAAACAAGAAUGAGAAGAAAGCCAAAGAGCUUAUUAAAAAGCUUGGUUUGAAGCAAAUCAAGGGAUUUUCUAGAGUAACAUUCAAACAAAGAGGAAACUUAAUUUAUGCUAUUGAUUCACCAGAGGUUUACAGAUCUGCAGCUGGUACAUAUGUUGUUUUCGGUGAGGCUAAAGUCGAUGAUAUGAAUCAGAGAAUCGCUGAGGCCCAACAAGCCCAACAGGCCCAACAGGCCCAACAAGAAGCAUUGAAAAAGGCUGCUUCUUCUGCUGCUGCUGGUGCCGGUGCCGGUGCUGAGGGUGAUGAAAAGUCAGCAGAAGCAAUCAAUGCUGAUAUGUCGAAGUUGGCUUUAGAUGCAGAAGCGGGAAACAAAGCUGAAGAAGAGGAAGAUGAACAAAUCGACGAGAGCGAGUUUGAUCCAAAGGAUAUCUCGUUGAUUGUCGAGCAAACUCAUGUUUCUAGAGCUAAAGCAGUUAAGGCAUUAAAGAAACAUGACGGGGAUAUGGUCAAUGCUCUUAUGGAAUUAUCUUGA